AGAAAAGAACCUUAAGUUCGCCGCCGAAGGACACGGACACUCAGGUGUCGGGAUACAAUCGGUCUCAUGUGUUUUAACGGCAACUUUACACCAUAAAGUUGCUCGUAGACACGGUUGUAUUCACUUUUGUUCCCGCCCGUUACCCCAUAUCUUGGCUAAAAUUGGCUUUUGUUAGUUUAUUUGGGUGGUCGGCCAGUAGUCGGGUUAAAGUGCAGAUAAAUGCUUUAUUUUUAGAAGCGUACAAAAUGGGAAGGAGUCCUUACUCCCGAAGUGCCGUUACCGUCCAUCCAGGGCGGUGUAAUGGGGGCUUUUUGUUUCGAGCCACGUUGCGGAUGUUAUGGUGAAUAUUUAGCCAGAAGUUAGCUAUUAGUAAGUUGUAAGAAACCCGGAGGAAAACCAGCCGACGAAGCCGCUCAUUAUCUUUUGAUAGGGGCUGUGUGGGGCUGUGGAACUGGGAGCCCACUAACUAGCUAAUUAACCAGCUAACUAGCAUAUUUUCAAAGGUGAAAGUUACAUGUGUAGCCAAGCAAGCGAGUAACUGAUUAAUCUCGGGUUGAUUAAAAGCAAUCUUGAGAUGUUUUUUUUUUUCAAGUUGAAAAAUGAACGAGAACGAGGAAGCAUAAUCUGAUUAAAAUGCUCCAACUAGCUCAUCCCCUUUAUUCCACUAUAAAUAAAGGCUCGUUUCACUGCUCGGGCAGGUAGUGAGUAGAUUUCUAGGCAAACAGCUCUCUGGUGGAUUUAUGUACUUCGAUUUGGUCAUUUUGGUUUCUACAACCGAAGUUUUUAAAAACAGCUAAGCAGCUACGCGAGUAAUUGUUUUUAAACCCGCAGGUUACAUUGGUUCGUACAUACAGUAGGUGGUGCUGACGUUUACGCGGGCCAGUUCGGGCGGUUUAACUUGUGUGGUUCAGUUACUAGCUAAAUUAGUAGUUUGAUGACACGGAAGCCUUGUUUUGUUAGUUCUAAGUACUCCUAGUAGUAUUGCCGGUUGUCAUGUUCAUUAUUUAUUGUGGUUUAUUAAAGAUAACGCUGCCUCUUGUUUUCUCAUACAUGCAAUGAAAUAUGAUUUCAGGCUGUCUUGGCAGUUUAAAUGCACUUGAUUGUCUGACUGUCUGGUCACAUACAGCAGAUGUUGAGGUGGUUAGAAACACAGCAGGAGGAGCUGUUUUGAAAUGCUCUUCUAGAUGAUACUUUACUUUAAUUAUUAGUCAAAUGUCCAGUUCUGUAACUGGGUGAAAUUGUAAAUUUCUUUCCGUGGGGGCAUUGACGAACUCCUUUCUCAGUUUCGAACACCGCUUUCAAUAUCACUGUCAGUUGUGUCUUUCUGUUCAGAUGCUGUAUGGUGACAUGAGCUGUGUGUUUGUGUGUUUUUGGCAUGUUAUCUAUGUUUAUUCAUGGUGCUUUUGGAACUGAACUCAGUUUGUCUUAUUCUGCACCUUUAUUAUAAGAGACUUAUACAGUACAGCUUAGCUAAAUUGUUUGUAUACCUGAUUAUUUCUCUAGACUAAAGGAGACUCAUGUUGCACAUAUUAGGAGGCACAUUCUGAUGAAAUUGUUAGCUUUUGCGACAUUGUGGCUUCUAUUGCGUUAUUGUAUAAAAUGGCAUCUAUGUGUAGUUCAGGACAUCACCAAAGUGAGUAGGGUUUCAAAUUUCUCUGGAGGACCUACUGACAGCUCUUGAUACUGGGUUUAACUGCAGACUGGUCAGUGGUCUGGCUCCCGUACUUCACUUCUACACCAAAGACAUCAGAAAGAAAAGAUGGUUCCCCAUCCAUGAGAAAAAGGAUCUGCUGUGUUGCUGGAUAUGGGUUUGUGUUUGAGGCAGAGCUCUUGUGGUAAUUACAGUAUCUGCAGAGGCAAACACUAUAGUUAAUGUUUAUUGAAGCACUGCUCUGUUUUUACACUAGUCGUUUGCUUUUGCCAAAGUGGAAAGUUAAUUGGAAGCAGUGAAGAACAGUUAUGUAUAUUUUGGCUGGAGAAGUUAGGGCCGUUCGUAUUGUUAAAGCAAAAUGGCUUUAGUAACUGUUCAAGGCCUCUGCAUUUUUAUGUGACAUUCUUUACCGCUUAAACCACUCUGAUUUUGAAAAAUUCAAUGUUGAUUGUGCAAUUACUAUGUUAUUCGUGGAUUGAACUGAAUGCUUUAGACUCAUUUAAAUGCAAAAUAUACUAUAAAGAAAGAGCACAUUGCCAUUUCACUGUCAAAAAUAGACUCAGCAUUAAGAGUUUUUGAUUCAGGUCCUGGAAAUAGUUCUCCUGUUGUACUGAAAGGACUGUGCUAAACCUCAGGUCACGUUCCUUUAUUGUCAUGUCCCAUACAUGAAAUGACAUCGUGAUCCAUCUGAGCAGCAGACAGCUAGAGCAGCCUGCAUCUUGAUGAUGUACUUUAUAUCAAGUGACUUCAAUACAGAUGAAAAAUCUCUAAGUAAGGGUUGUGAUAGUGUAAGCUAUGUAAAUUCCUUUGGAUAAAGUGUCUUCUCAAUGAAGAAUGUAAAUGUAUCGUGAUUCAGUCUUGCCUGUGUUAUGUGAGGGUUUAUGUGGGGUUUUUGUGCUCCUUCUAAAUUUAGUGAUAAUUAAAUAUACUCAGCCUAGCAUUCCCCACAAAUCACGAGUUAGGUCUGAGAAGAGGAGAGUGUUGCCAGAAAGGACACUGUCCACCCCUCGCAGUAACAGAGCUUACUGUUCUGUCUGUUCCCAGGGACAGCUUGGUCCAUCGGCUGAUGCAGCUUACCUGCACGCUUCGCCAAAUUCUGAUGAAGUUGAUGGUGUCCUGCUGUAUUUUGCAGAUGCUGAAACAUUCUUGUAAAGAUAAUUUGAUAGAUAAGUGACUUUCUCAAAUCUAAUCCGUUUAAUGCCGGUUUUUUUGACUGCAUUAGUCAGAAUUAAUGUAUUAGUCACUAUUGCCAAAUUGUUUUGGUCAUACAUCGUAUUCACCCUCUCCAAUGGCACAUACCUGCUGCAAAUGUGCACUUUGAAGUAUAGCAUCAAACAUAAAGCUUUUUGUAGGGAGACACAUUUUCUGUGGCAAGUAAAUACCAUGAACACUUACUCAUGUUGAACUUAAGGUACAUUGUCUGUUCCACAAAGCCCCUUACAGCUGAACUUCGUUCACACACAAAUCUUAAAAUUUUGUGUCGUGCAAUGUUUCGAUUCUCAAUCAAUCUCUGACUAUUAUAAAUGUUUAAAAAACGUCUAUUGGAGGAUUUUUCACUAAAUUUUUGGCACCUUGAUAUUGGCCAAUUUUAUUAGCAGCUGACAUUUUGGUCAGUAGUGGUGACCAGGAGUGUAACCCUGCCCCCUUCCCAAAUGCAGAUGUCACAGACGGCCUGCCCUCCUCUACAGUAUGAGGUCCUGCAUUCGCUCCCAUCCAGUGACAUGUAUGCUAGGGUGCUCCCUGUAGAAUGCUACUUUGGCUCCAAUCUCUGGCUCUUGUUAUUCAUCAUAAACCUUUUUCGACUUUUAUUCUUUAUUUGGCUUCAGCACCUGAACUUUUACUUUAGAUGUGCCUUCAGUUUGGCUGGUAAAUGCAUCCACAAUAACCAUUUGUAGAGCCAGCUGUUUUUAGAAUAAAACUCUCCUUUUUACAUCAUGUUUAGUUUUUAUAGCUCUGUUUUUGAUACUUGUUCGCAUUCGAGUGCAGGAGUAUUUUUAAGCAGUGACUCCUUCCUGCGUUUCUCUUCGUUUUAGUUAGCUUCUGACUAAUUGUAGCUUUGGGAACCCCACAGCAUACCUUAGUGUCUCAGCGAUGAAAAUUCGCUUGUAUGCUGUACCUGUGUGUGCUUGAAAAUAGGACGAAAGCAGUAUUGAAAUGCACCCAAAGGGGCAGAGCUUUCCGGGGGCUGCCUGCAUCUGUGCGCCCGUGAUACCACCCAGAAGGCAGAACACACCCGCAUGGCUGGUUGCCAUGGAUAGAAUGUGUCACGUCUAUGUGCAAAAUUCUUCAGUCUCCAAGCCAAUGUAGACACAAAUGUCGUGCUUGUUUUGUGUUAGUAGAGUAUCAAUGAGAGUUUGGCUACUCCUGGGAGGAGAAAUGACGCAGAUGCAGAUCAUUCUGCUGAGACUUUAUUUCAUACUGCAGGAGUUUAAAUACGUGUUUCAAAGUCGGUUUUGCUGCCAGUAUUUAAUGUCUCCAAAUACUCUCUUCAUAGCUUGAUUUAAACCCCCUGAACCAGUUUUGAGCUGUUUUUCCAAUCAAAUUUGAAGGACAGUACCAGUUGUUACUGACAGGCAGGUAACCAUGGCGAUGACAGGACAGACCACCUGCUCCUCAAUGAGUAACCACACCAAGGAACGUGUGACCAUGGCCAAGGUAACCCUGGAGAACUUCUACAGCAACCUGAUCACUCAGCAUGAGGAGCGGGAGAUGAGGCAGCAGAAGCUAGAGAAGGUCAUGGAUCAGGAGGGGCUGGCAGAUGAGGAGAAACGCCUGCGUCGCUCCCAGCACGCCCGCAAAGAGACGGAGUUCCUGCGACUGAAGCGGACCCGCCUGGGCCUGGAUGACUUCGAGUCCCUUAAGGUCAUCGGGAGGGGGGCCUUUGGCGAGGUGCGCCUGGUGCAGAAGAAGGACACAGGACACGUGUACGCCAUGAAGAUCCUGCGCAAAGCCGACAUGCUGGAGAAGGAGCAGGUGGGCCACAUUCGGGCCGAGCGGGACGUUCUGGUUGAAGCUGACAGCCAAUGGGUGGUCAAGAUGUUCUACAGCUUCCAAGACAAGAUGAAUCUCUACCUCAUCAUGGAAUUCCUCCCUGGAGGUGACAUGAUGACCCUGCUAAUGAAGAAGGACACACUAACUGAAGAGGAGACUCAGUUCUACAUUGCAGAGACCGUUUUGGCCAUUGAUUCCAUCCACGAGAUGGGCUUCAUCCACCGGGACAUCAAGCCUGACAACCUUCUUCUGGACUCCAGGGGUCAUGUCAAGCUGUCUGACUUCGGCUUGUGCACUGGCUUGAAGAAGGCUCACAGGACUGAGUUCUACAGGAAUCUGAACCACAGUCUGCCCUGUGAUUUCACGUUCCAGAACAUGAACUCGAAAAGGAAAGCAGAGACGUGGAAGCGGAACAGGAGACAGCUGGCCUUCUCCACUGUGGGCACGCCAGACUACAUCGCUCCUGAGGUCUUCAUGCAGAAUGGCUAUAACAAGCUCUGUGAUUGGUGGAGUCUUGGGGUCAUCAUGUAUGAGAUGUUAAUUGGCUACCCGCCGUUCUGCUCAGAGACGCCCCAGGAGACCUACAGGAAGGUGAUGAACUGGAGGGAGACGCUGGUGUUUCCCCCAGAGGUGCCAAUCUCUGAGAAAGCCAAGGAUCUCAUCCUCAGGUUCUGCUGUGAAGGUGAGCACCGGAUCGGGGCUGCGGGGGUAGAGGAGAUCAAAAAGAACGCUUUCUUCGAGGGAGUGGAUUAUGAGCACAUCAGGGGUAGGCCGGCCGCCAUUCCCAUCGAGAUCAAAAGCAUUGAUGACACCUCUAACUUCGAUGAGUUCCCAGACUCAGACAUCCUCCAGCCAGCAGCUGGUCCCAUAGUGACCAAUCACUCAGAGGCCGACCUGAAGAACAAGGACUGGGUUUUCAUCAACUACACCUACAAGCGGUUUGAGGGUUUGACAGCCAGGGGUGCCAUCCCCUCCUACAUGAAGAGCGGAAAGAGAUAGGCUCCCAUCUCCUGCCCCUUCAGACCCCACCCCCACUGGUCCAGGUCUGUUCAAAGGGCUCAGACACCUUGCUGUUCUCUUCAGUCUUGCCUUCACCAGCAUGACGUGACCUGGACGCCUCCAGCCUCCCUGUGACUGAUGUCCACGUAGUCUUCCUUUCUCUUUCUUCAUUUUUACUCUGGGGCCACCAAAGAGCCAAUGGGGUGCUGGGGUUUAGUGUCGAGGCCCCACCACCAGCAGCCAAAGCUUCACCUCUCUAACUACCAGCAAGCCCCGUCCUUCCUGGACGGCCCCCCGGCGGCCUUCAGUCACCAGCCAGACCGUAGGACCUCCUCCAUGCCUGGCAUGGGCUGCAUGUCUAGUGCUGGACCUGCUUGUUUUCAUGGUGCUGCUGUACAUUAAGGGCUACUUCACUCUGGAUAUGCUUCUGCAUAUUGCCACCUUAAUGCCAUCCUGAAUGAAGUGGGCUUCCUCCAUGUUCUGGUAACGACCCCCCUCAGGGUUUGCCAUAGGAAUUGUAAACUUUUUCAUGUUUCCUGAUAAAUCAACACUUAAAACUAUCCCUAGAUGCUUUUGACCAAACAAAUGCUUGACAUGACCUGCGCUGCGCCCUCCUCCGCUCCCCCCGCAUGCCCUCCUCUUCCUGUCUUUGGCUGUGUGCAGUGUGCAGUGUCCGACCAGUGACUGGCCUAUCCCUCUUUGGUCCUCUUUCAGCUUGGCUCCAUUUUCUCCCUGUCCUGUGUUUGUCAACCUGUACAUUCCAGGAGGGCAAAAAAACCCAGACAAAUCCAGGAAUGAUUGGACAGCUUUCCUCAGCCAGGGUAUUUAACCACUGGUUAGCUAAUUUACACAGCAGCUCUAAGUAACAUGUUUAUCUUCAGGAAGUGUGCUGGUGUCCUCAGGGGCUGAUCUGUGUCGUCUAUUUGUCAUUCUGCCUUUGUUCACGCACACGCACACACACACACACGCACGCACACUCUCACUCUGCACUGCUUUCUGUCUGACGUAGGUAUGACCUGCUGUCCUGCCCCAUUUCCCUUCUCAUCUUGGGGUGGCUUUGCUCUCCCUGGGUUUCCUGCUGCUGAUGCUCUGUGUCCCCAGUGAACUGGUGUCUGACUGCCAUUGUAGAAUAUGUGGUUUCAUAGUCAAUGCUCAGUGACUUUUUUCUUUAUUUUCUGGUUUAUACGGUGCGUUUUUCUACGUUUUAGGAUGGGUGUGUGUGUGUUUUCUUGAUACAGGUACAGUUCACAGUGGCGAGGGCUGUGUGUGUCCCUCCCUGAGUGCAUGAGAGCUCUGGUGAGGCCCUGUCGCCCAUCCGUCAUUUAUAGGUUACAGCACUCUGCUCAAAACCUUAAAGGGUUCUUCUUGACAAAAGUGUAUCUUGUUUUGCUCUGUAUUGGUGAUGAUGGCCUUGUGGGCAGCUCCAGAGGUGGCUGUUUAUCAAUGUCUACCUGCACAAAAAGAAAGAUGGUGUCUCCUGUCAGAAGAACAUUUGUAUAUCAGAGCGUGGGACUACAGGGAUCCCCCGUUUGUCAUAAAGCUCAGUCAGGCCUCGUGCUGUAAUCUAACCAACUGUUGAUGUACAAGAGGAGUGUAUGUAACUUCCCCGAUAACGUUGUUCAGGUUCUCCUGGGUAUUAGCCUUAGCCUGUAUUUUAAAGUAUUGUAUAUAAGCUGAUGCAUGUUGCCUCACUAGCACGUCUCCUCCAUGGAGGCAUCGCUGAUCUUCCUGAACUCUGGUUAUAUGGAUGCUGGUGGCUGUAAAGUAAAGCUCUGUAUGUAUGUUUUGAUUUUGCUGAGAGGUUUUUAUGAUCUUUUGGAAAUCUGAUUUUAAAAUCAUUUUAAAACUUAUUUUGGAUUUCUUCUUUCUGUGUGCAGCAGAUUUCGAGGGGGUGAAUUUGCUUUUAUACCGUGUGUUCCUGCUAAUGGUUAAAAGUGCGUCCUUUUUAUGGUCAUUCAGUCAUAACCUCGGGGGACAGCGUUCCUUUCUGUCAUUCUGAAGUCCUGUCUAAAGGCACGAAGGAUACAGCUUGUCUGUUUUACAUUUAUACUCCCCAGUUUCAGCCCUUUAAAAGUUGUUCUUUCUGAUGAUGGGAGGAAAUGCAGGUUUGUGACCCAGUGAACAUUAAGGCCUGCAUCCUGGCCUCUGGUAUCCUUAGUGAUGAGAUGGUAGGGCAGUUCAUUCUGUCCGCUUCUCAGGAAUGGAAUUUUGAGAGAUUACAAAUGCUACCUUUUAUUUUUACCUGAGCUUCUGCCCGCCAGCAAGAGUGGGAAUGGUGGUCUCUCUCUCUCUUGGUGCAAAGGAGCUGAGGGGUGCUGAGGCAAAGACCAAGCAGUAGAGGAUUUCUGGGCCACGUCUUCCGAUACCUUUCUUUGUUCUUGCCCCCGCGCGGCUCGUCUGACCCCCCGAGCUGGCCGGCUGUGUCCUGGCUGCAUUUUCCUGAUCUGUGCACAGCUGCACUCGGGUGGGUUCCUGGUACGUCACUCACAUUCCCAGUGGUCCAAGUGCUGGCUUUAAACUUCUUUUUUCACCUGAGCACUUUUUAAAAGCAUUAUAUUAAUUAUACAACCAGUUUAAGCGUGCUUCCCUGUUCUAGCAUAACUGCAGGUACUGCAAGCACUGGGCUGAACCCAAGAAGGUUGGCUUUAGCCUAUGCAGGACCUUAAGCAGAGCGACAUAGGCUACAGAAGAUUCUGUGUAUCUGCCUUAAAGAGAUCUGUCAUGUAUAUGUUGUGCACAUUUGCUUUAUUUAAUCUUUUGUUUUUCUUUGGUUUGAUAAACCUGAAUUAUACUGGCUCACCAGGCAGUAGCUGAACGCAAAGCUUGUUUCUGUGAAAGGAGCAUUGUACUGGGCAGACGCUGGUGAAUUCUCUGAGCGUUCAAUUAAACGACCUUCUGUAUAAUA